AUGCAAAAGAUCACUGACUCUGAGUUUCAGCGCGAGGUGGAAGCCCUCAAGUCGCACCGGCGCAUCUCGGUCAAUCGACCUCUGCUCGACCCGGACCUGCCAGACUUGGCCGCUGCAUACGGGGGCGGCCGAGAAAUCUUGGGCCCCGACGCAUCCAGAGCAGGUGUCAGCCUUUCCGAUGACGGUCCCUCCUCAAGCGCGGGAGGCAGGACACCCUCCACUCGCAGUAAUGAGCGGCAGGCAUUCACUGCACGGCGUCGAGGGACAGGAGCAUCGUCCAUAGACACAUCUUCGUCCAAUAGUCAACGAGGAGCAGCUCGAAGCCCCAUCACGUCGGAUGACGACGUACCUCUCACAGCGCCGAUGGACCCCAGUCACCUAUUCUGGGUACCUGCUUCGAUGCACCCCGAGAUAUCUCCCACCGAUUUUCGCAAAUUCCUCCACGAACAUGCCUCGAGGGCAGUUCGUGAAGGGGACACUCCUUCAGAAUCCCCUUCCAGUCCCAGCAGCUCCAGCAGCUCCUCUUUGGGGCUCAGUUCGGGGAGCACCGGGACUCCACAGGCGUCGUACCCUUUCGCUUCUCGUGCGAGCUCAAUUGGAGGGGGUCUUGGGGGCCCUUCUUCUCCUGGAUCCCCAAUCGAUUUGGUCAGUCGUAGUACUUCUAUAGCUCGAAGAGGAAGCACACUUCGGCGACAGUAUCGCCCAGAAAGCGAUACUGACGACGGCAGUGAUGGUAGGCGGACGCCUGAAGACGUCGGAGGAUUGCAGCGGGGAGGGCUUCGCGGCUCACUGGCUCGUCGUGCCGGCUCGACACGACAGGCAGGACCUGCUUUGUCCAUCGAGGACUUACAGAAGCUGGAGCUACUCGCGGAGGAAGCCAGCAAGAGCGAAGAUCCGGCUCAGCUCAGGAGUGUUCUGCGGAGAACGAUGAGUCUAAGCAUGCCAGGCGCAGCUCUCGACCAGGUUGACGCCGUACCAGCCGAUGGCGAGGAUGCGCCUCUGAUUGUUCCACGGCCAGGCCAGAUCCUUCGCAGAGCGGCUAGGACCAAGAUCCGAAAAUCCUCCAUUUCGGAAUCGCGGCAAGCUAGAAGAAGGGGCCCAGGCAGCGGAGGCGCAAACGGAGACUCGGGCUCGGAAUCGGGAUCAGCUGGUGGAAGAAUGGACAUGGCUUCAGUGGCUUUGGAAGCAAUGAGACGUCGAGAAAGCGACCAGUCUGGGUCUGGUCUAUCGUCGGGAGAGGAAGAUGUAGCUGGCGGCUCUUCGCGCCCAGUCUCGGACGAAGCUACUGCAUCGAUUGUCGACGCGUACUCGCGCGACUCUUACAUAUCAGAUGGCAGCCAAAGGACCAGCCUCACUAGCCUCACGGAUAGCGUUCCAGAUUCUGCAGAUGGCCAUGGCGACACCACCCUUUUGGCGGACAAGAGGGCGCAAAACCGCAGCGUCGGCAGUAGCGACUCUCCGCCCCUCACCCCAACCCAGUCCUCGCAAUCAGCAGGCUACUUUGACAUCAGUCGAGAGGCUUCAACAGCUACCUCCGACAGGCUUGGGCCUGCAUCCCAAGCGGUGUCGAGCGGCCAACGCAUCAUCAACGAUUCGCCAUUGCAGUCUCCUGACAAUGAGCUCGGUUCAAAUGGUGCCGUCAAGCGACCAAUUCCCAUCUCCCAUGUCCCUCCCGUACCUGGAUUCGAGAAGGCGCGACCGAUGCAGCCGCCUUUACACGCUGCUACUGCGCCUCCCGGCACCGGCGGCCUGCAUCGUCUUCCCCAAGCUAAGGAACAGGUACACAACCCAAGCCAGCAUCAAGCUGAGCUCCGAAAUCAGCCCCCGCUGGUGAUGCCGUCACAGCAACACUCAGUACCUCCAGCUUCGAGCCGAAGCCAUGCCGCCGGACCGUCACAAUUCCCGGUACCCACCAAAUCUGCAGAAAGUCCCGCUCACCGGCAUGGCAAGGAAAAGAAGGGGGGUUUUGCAUCUUGGUUUGGCAUUGGCAAGGAGGAGGAUGAGACCGAAAAGCAAGCCAAAGCACGCAGGAAGGCGCAGGAGAAGGAGCGAAAGGAGCGCGAAGCUCACGAGGCGGAGCGGCAAGAGCGCGAGAGGGAGGUUAGCAAAGAGAAGGAUACUUCCAGCUUCCUCGGAGCUUUGUUUGGAAGCAAGAAGAGAGGCGGUGAUGACCACCAUCAUCAUCAGCCGGCGCACUUCCGGAAUGACGGGCAAAUCACUGCCGGAAGCCUGUUGGAUCGCAAUCGUCCCGGAGCUCCCGUGCACUACUAUCGCUAUCCCAUUCAUAUCGAACGAGCCGUUUACCGACUCAGUCACAUCAAGCUUGCUAAUCCUCGCCGGCCACUCUACGAGCAGGUCCUGAUCUCGAAUCUCAUGUUCUGGUAUCUAUCUGUGAUCAACCGCUCACAGCAGCAGCAGCAACAGCAACAACAACAACAACAGCAGCAGCAGCAGCAGCAGCAGCAGCAGCAGCAGCAACAGCAAACGCCCCAGCAGCAACAGUCGCCCACAGGGACAGACGGCCAAACACCAGCAGCAACAUCGGUACCCCAGCAGCCUAUUCAGAACUCUGAUGGCACAGGAGCAGCGCCGCACCAUGGACAUGCAAGCCGCGGCCCAACUCUCGUCGACUCGAAUGUUCCGGAAUCCGGCACGCCCACGCCCACUGCGGAGGUCCCGAAUCCUGCCUCUCCCGCGCCAAAGGCGAAGAGAACUGGACUCGUCAAGCCCAAUCGCGCUCCGCCGGGGAGCAGGUCUGCUGAAAUGGCAAUUCCGGCCGCAGGCUACGGUGCCCAGCACCGGCAGAUCGAUAGUGACAUGGCGAAGCAACAGGGAACAAAUAGAACAGGCUCCGGCCAAGCAAAUGGAGGAUCUGCACAGACAGGACCAGGUCCCUCGAGUGGCCAAUUGGCUCCAGGGCCUCCAGCUAUGGCGCCUUCGAUCUCAGUGGGACAAGUAGUAGAUCCGCGCUCGCUAGGAGCUCAUUCGGGCUACCACGUACCCCCUCCUGCGCAGGGCACCCCAGGUACGGGACGCCUGCCGCCCGGAGCUGCACCGCCCGGCUCUACAUCCGGUCGCGGCACGUCUACAGUCCACCAAGGAUCAGCGUCAAUGGCUAGCGGGCCCUCGACCAGUCCGACACUCAACCCAGAGCGUGUGAGAGGAAAGCAAUCCCCGUCGAGCGGCCCAUUCGCUUCCGAUGCACGCUCAGGAAGCUCGGGGGCAUGGCUCGCUAGUGGCGGCGAGCCACGUCGAAGAGGUCCGAGUCCGGUCGGAGACGAGCAAGCCUGGCUAGGUGGUGGUGGACCAGGUGCAAGCGAUCCCUCAAAUUCAGCGAGUAGGCCUCGCUCCAAGUCGCCACAGCCAGAUCGAACCAGCGACCCUGUCCUUCAGUCUUGGCGAUCCCAGGAGCAUGACUGGGAGGACAACAAUUCAAAUCGCCAGCGGGCCAGCGAGCCGCGAGAUGUUGGUUCAGAUUACAAUGGCACGGGGCACCGACAUGAUGCGCGAAGUCUCGAUGCUGGGGAUGGACGAGUACGAAAGAUCAGCUCUGGUGCAGAUGGUCGACCCUUCCCGGGAAGCAGGCAGCCCAGCUCCCGACCGGCGACGAGCGGUAGCGACAAUUCAAGCUACACCAGCGCGCAGUCGGGAAGGUCUAGCCCCAAUCAGCCUAUCGUGUCGAUGGAAGGAGCUAAUCCCAGGAGUAGGACGAGCGGAGGACCCCGAGGCAUGGCGCCCAUCAACUCUGCUUCUGCUCAUUCGCAGAGUAGCGGGCCAGCAGUGGUGCUGCCUGGCGGCAGCGCCAUGCUUGAAGCGGCACGGACAAGUCAAUCGCGAAGGCGGUGA